CGUGCACAGCGGGUAGGGCAGGCAACGGACAGCGGCCGCCGCCCGAAGCCGUCGGUUGUGCGAGCACCGGGCUCCGUGGAUACCGGGAUUAACGGAUACACGUAACCGGGCAGGGUGGUGGUCGCAGCGGAUCUAACGGUAACAGCUGAUCCGCGGCCGACCGCCGGGCGGAGGGAGACGAAGAAGAAGAAGAAGAGGGAUGCGUUGCCUGGUAACGGAAACCUGACUGAGGAGGAAAAACAGGCCAACCGUCACUCUGAAUGAACAUCUUCAUCUUUAACGGUGUGGCCCAGUGGGUUUUUUAGGAUGUGCCCGUAGGCGUGUGUGGGUGUGAAGCAGCCGCCAUGCCGUGUUCCUGUGCAGAGUGGAGGAGGUGGAUCCGCCCGCUGGUUCUGGUUCUGUACGCUCUCCUGCUGGUGGCCGUGCUGCCGCUCUGCAUCUGGGAGCUGCGGAAAGACAAGGUUGGGACUCACAGUAAAGCCUGGUUCAUCGCCGGCGUCUUCGUCUUCCUCACCAUCCCGGUCUCUCUGUGGGGGAUCCUGCAGCACAUCGUGCACUACACCCAGCCGGAGCUGCAGAGACCCAUUAUCAGGAUACUAUGGAUGGUCCCGAUCUACAGCUUGGACAGCUGGCUGGCUCUGCGGUACCCCAGCCUGGCCAUCUACGUGGACACGUGCCGCGAGUGCUACGAGGCCUACGUCAUCUACAACUUCCUGGUCUUCCUGCUGAGCUUCCUCAGCAACCAGUACCCGAGCCUGGUCCUGAUGCUGGAGGUCCAGCAGCAGCAGCCGCACCUGCCCCCCCUCUGCUGCUGCCCCCCCUGGCCAAUGGGAGAGGUGCUGCUCUUCAGGUGUAAGCUGGGAGUCCUCCAGUACACCGUGGUCAGGCCUGUAACCACGGUGAUAGCACUAGUCUGUCAGCUGUGUGGAGUCUACGAUGAAGCCAACUUCAGCUUCAGGAACGCCUGGUCCUACCUGGUCAUCAUCAACAACAUAUCACAGCUGUUUGCCAUGUACUGUCUGGUGUUGCUGUACCGAGCGCUGAAAGAAGAGUUGACUCCCAUCCGGCCGGUGGGAAAGUUCCUCUGCGUCAAAUUGGUCGUGUUCGUCUCCUUCUGGCAGGCGGUGUUCAUAGCGUUCCUGGUGAAGGUCGGAGUGAUCUCCGACACACACACCUGGGACUGGGACAGCGUGGAGGCCGUGUCCACCGGGCUGCAGGACUUCAUCAUCUGCAUAGAGAUGUUCUUUGCUGCCAUCGCUCACCACUACACCUUCACCUACAAACCAUACGUACAGGUACACAUCUCUCUAUCAUCUAUCUGUCUAUCUAUCUAUCUAUCUUACUUACUAUCUCUCUAUACGAGUCUGCAGGCGGCCGUCGCUGCGUUCAAACGCUCCAAUAAAGUCUAA